AUGGAGAGGCCCAACUUGAGCGCCAUUGGCAAGAUCAUCAAGGAAAAAUGGAACUGCACCGACUUCAUGAUGAGCGCUUCGAAUCCAUGUGAAAUUCCUUGGGCUGUGAAGAAUUAUUCAUGUAACUUUUGCAAGAGGCAAUUUAAGUCUGCUCAAGCUCUUGGUGGUCACAUGAAUGUUCAUAGGAGAGAGAGAGCUAGAUUGAGAUUGUUCUCGCCUUUAAGUACCGUUGCGGAAUCAUGUUAUAACCCUAGCCCUAAUAAGUUUUCUUCACUAUCAUCAUCACCAUCAUUAUCAUCAUCAUCAGCAACUCUUUCAGCUAAGUUUUUACCACAACAUUACGCAUCUCAUUCAAUGCUUUCUCCUCCUACAGCUUCUUUGUCUUUACCUGAUCAUCCCUUAGCUUCAACAGAAAAAGAUAGGAAGACGAUAUUCGACUUUCCUCGGAGCUGCAGUAGUGCUGUUCCUUUGAGGGAUACGACAACUAAAAGCAUGAAAGCACCCGUUUUUGAGGAUGGAGAUCUGGAAGGUCGUUUCUCCCAAAAAGCUGACUAUUUCAAGGCUUUCAAGACAGAAAACGUUAAUAUUACGUUUGACUUGGAGACGGGAUUGCUCAAAGAUCAAAACGAGGGGGUGGAUUUGGAGCUUCGACUUGGUUACUUCUAG